AUGACCCAAAACCGGCCCACUAGGCCAAUAGAUAAUUUGGAUCUUUCCCGAUUUCAGCGCGGCGGUUCAGACGUUGACGUCACUGUGCAAGACACCAGCACAAAGCUCAGCGGAAUUCUUGGGGAAAUCCCAAUUUCACGUAUGAGUGCAGGAGGAGCAUUUGGUGGAAAUAGAGGAGUAAGACCGGUACCACCCGAGAAAGGAGUGUUCCCCUUGGACCACAUGCAUUUAUGUGACGUGGAGAAGAAAGAAUACAUCGGCUGUCUCAAAUCUUCUGGACAUAAAUCUGAAAAAUGUAGACACUUGUCCAAAAAAUACCUCAAAUGUCGUAUGGAAAAGAACUUGAUGGCAAAGCAAGACAUGUCAGAACUUGGAUUUGUGAAGGAAUAUGACAUGGAAGCUUCUUUCGGCAAAAAUAAAGAUGGGGGGACAGAUGAAUGAAAACAUCGUCACUGGAAUUAGAACAGUUUGUCCAUGGAACUGUAUAAUUUUGAAAUUAGCUUUUGAAAUGCCUUAAAUUUUUGUGCGAGAACACAAAAGAUUCUACGAGUACACGCAAUACAAAUUUGUUUUGACAUAUAUGUAUUCAACUUCGAUCAAAAGUACACAAGCCAUGAAAUUUUCUGUUAUCUUGUUAUAUUUGCUUAAUUUCAUACUGAUCAAG